CCCAUACCCUAAUCCCUUUCCCUCACACAAAUUCGCAGUCACCCACUCUCACUUUGAACCUCAAAAUUUUCUCAAGCGGCGGAGGGAGCAGUAGGAAGAAGGAGCUCAUCUUUUCCCCAACCAAAUCCUAAUUUCACCACGAAAUUUGAAACCAAAUCCGGAAAGGGGGAAACCUGAAGCUUUGAUCUUUUGUCUAAGCCGAUCUGUUCAGCUAAGGUGAAUCCUCGCGAGCGAAACGUGAUAUCAAGGGGAAGAAAAAUACUUGUGAUUUGAGCAGUCGAGAUGGCCCAACGGUAUUAUGCUCCGAUGCGUAAUCGCUACUCCAACGAAAGGGACCACCCGGUUGAGCGCUACCGAGAUUACGAGUGGGACGGAAAGCUCUUCCUCAUGUCCUACGUCACCGAGUUUUACAGUAAAUGGAUGAACGCCUAUGCAUAUGGGGGAGCUACCCAUCACGAGGGGAUCCAAAAGCUCAUCCACACUUUACCGUCUCCUUGGGACGAGUGGACCGCUCAGGCAUCUCGGUUUUUCAUAUGGUAUAGCCCGCCCGAUUACACCGCGCGAGGAGAUUUGGUUGGCCUUAUAAAGGUGCUGCUUCCGGCCAUGACAACGACAUUUGAUGGACCGCCACGUGAUCCACCUCCACAUAUCUAUCCGCCGGGUACAGCCCGCAUGCGGAAGUAUCGAUGCGACGAGGAGCCACACGUCUCCCGUGUUCCUAAGAGAAGGAGACUCGGGAUGCGUGUCGCAGCCCCUCUAAGAAUCGACAGAGAGGUCAAUGGGAGGUUUGGGAUGACCCCUCCACCCGCGGGUGUCGAGGAGGAAAGUGAGGAAGAGGAUCCCGAGGAAGAGGAUCCCGAAGAGGAUGAUGACCCAAUUAGAGAGAGCGUUGGAGAGACCGAGGAGAAGGAGGAUGAGGAUGGAAAGGAUUAAACAUAAUAAAUCUAGAAUAUUUUAUUACGAUUUCCCAUGUUUUGAUACUCUAUUGUUUUGCUUGGCCUUGACAUUUCUCUUUCCCGUUGUUUUACCUUCUGUUUUCGUUAUGAUGGAACUAAGACCUCUUCGAGGCAACAUUUUGAUAUUUCUAUGGGAAAUUCUUGUCUU